AUGCGAAUAGAUCAACCAGGUUGCACCGACCAAGUGGCAGAAGAGAUAUCAACCUUUUCUGAUUGGGUUCUUGGGAUAGGAGAUGGGCAACACUGCUCUGUUUUGGGAGAUGCACAAAUCCCAAUCCCACAAGACAUCUUAGCUCAACGACAUAGCUCACCGAUAGAAGACAUUGUCAAUGCAACAUAUCCUAAUUUGGAGCAGAGCUAUAAGGAUAUAAAAUAUUUACAAGGCAGAGCUAUCUUGGCGCCUCACCACGAGAUGGUUGACAGAAUAAAUAACUGCAUGCUUAACUUAAUUCCUGGACAAGAAGCAUUGUAUCCUAGCUCUGAUUCAAUAGCUAAUGCGGAUGGCAGUGGGAGCAAAACAAAUCCUGAAUAUCCAAUAGAGUUUCUCAACACCAUAAAACCCGGGGGCCUUCCAAAUCAUGGAUUGAUACUUAAAGUGGGAGUUCCAAUUCUUUUGCUAAGGAACAUUGACCAAACAGCAGGAUUGUGCAAUGGUACAAGAUUGGUUAUUAGAAGAUUGGGACAAUGGAAUAUUCAAGCAGAAAUUCUUACUGGGACAAGUGUUGGAGACCAAGUUUUCUUGCCCCGAGUGGUCUUAACAGCAGAACUACCAUAUUUAAACUUCACUUUGAAAAGGAGGCAAUAUCCUAUAGCAUUGUGUUUCGCCAUGACCAUCAACAAGAGUCAAGGGCAGUCCCUAGAGCAUGUAGGGUUAUGUCUUCAACAUCAAGUGUUUUGUCAUGGUCAACUCUAUGUUGCAAUCUCGAGGGUCACAAGUAGACAAGGCUUAAAGAUACUUAGCAGCGAUGAAGAUGGGGAAGAAUUGUUUACAAUGAAGAACAUAGUUUACAGAGAGGUUUUGAAUCAUGGAUGA